CCUUCUCUCCCUCCGCGGUGUUUGCGCUUGAGACAGAGAGAGAGAGGCACGUCGAGACUCUCACCACGGCGCAGCGCUGUGGUGCUGCUAAUGUUGCUGCUGCUGCUGGGCAAAUGGAGCCAUUUGUCUCGUAGUCCGAGACACUCUUUGCUGGCUUCGCUGAUGGCGAUGCUGUGAGAGAAGCCUGCCCCGAGUCGAACGCGUGGGAUGGGUGGUAGCUGAAUCGCCGUGGGUUUGGGGAGCUUUAUAUAGCAGCUGGACGCUGCGGUUCAGCGUCUUUCAGUCGGGCUGUUGCUGUUCAGAGAGUUAUAUUAGAGCCUUCGAUGCGCUAUCUUAUCGGGUCUGCACCGUCACACAGACACGCACACACGGACAGACAGAUGUACCGUGUGUGCGGUGUGUGUUUGUUACACACCGUGGGCACACACGCAUGCUAGGUGAUGUAAUGCCUCGGAUUGCCUUGGAUCCAGCCAGCAAGCAGUCGCACGAUUUGUGACUUCCAUUCACUCUGCGUGCGCUGUGGGUGCUGCUGCUGCUGCCGCCGCCGCCGCAGCUGUCAGAAUUAUUCGGCGAUGUGAGCCGUGGAUUUUCUUCGUAAUUUGCUUGCGAUUCGAGGCUGUUAUCACCACGACUGCUGCUGCAACCACCGCCGCUUCUACUGCCGAGACCAGCAGCAAAACAUUCUGCUUUGAAAUGUGGAGCGAUGGCUGCCUUGGUUGUUAGCGAGUCUUCUCACACGGGGCCAGCACAGGCGAUCCCAGUUCGGUGCAUCGGACUGCAGCACACCGUGCCAUUGAUGAGAUCAUGGAGGCGGAGUGCAGGGAGCUGCGGGCUCGCGACCUGAAGGCGCUCCUGGAGCAAGGGCCUGCCGUGCUCACAGGAGGAAGAGGAAAGGAUGGCUCGCCCAUCAUCACUCUGCCCGAGUGCCCCAGCUUCUGCGAGCUCCCCGACGCCGACUUCCAAACAAUCCUUCAGUACCUGACGAGCAUUCCCAAGCUGGACACGGAAGAUUCUGGCUUCAUCCUGGUCAUCGAUCGUCGUCAAGACCGAUGGAGCUCACUGAAAGUGGUGCUCAUGCGCAUCUCCGAGCUGUUCCCGGCCGGUCUGCGCGAGGUCCACGUGCUCCGUCCGUGCGGCUUCCUGCAGUCGACGUUCUCCAGCUUUGGUCUGAGGUUCAGCAAAGAUGAGUUCAACUUACCUGUGCAGCUCAUGCUGCCCAACUCCCUGGGCGAGCUACACAUGUCCAUAGACCGGUCGCAGCUCACGCCGGAGCUGGGAGGCACCCUGGUCUACACGCACUCCGAGUGGAUCCAGCUGCGCUCCGACCUGGAGGGAUUUUCGGAGGUGGCGCACGACGCCGUGCACACCCUGCAGGCGGUGGGCCUGGAGCUGGCCGAGACCGAGCUGCCCAACACCGUGAGGGCCACCGAGGAGCUGCUGGGGGCCCACAGCCGGCAGCGCGACGACGUCAAGGCCCUGCUGGAGUCCGUGCUGGAGCAGGGCCGGCGCCUGCUCAGCAAAAUCGCCGAGCCGACCUCCAGCGACCCCGGCUACCAGCCGAGCCUGGACCGCCUGCAGGGGAUGCGCUCCGUGCAGCGGCUCCUGUCGCGGCUGGGCGAGGCCGACGGUGCCGCCGACAAGUUCUGGGCCAAGCACCACCUGAAGCUACAGCAGUGCCUUCAGUUCCGAUACUUUGAGCAAGACUUCCGGGAGGUGAUGGGGCAGUUUGAGGAGCUGCAGGAGAGGAACUCCCGGGUGGCAGCAACGGCCGAAAACUCCGCGCAGGCCAAGGCUCUGCUGCAGGAGCUGCAGUGCCUGGACAAAGCAGCGCAGGUGACGGUGAGCCGCGCGGAGCGAGUGGCGCUGACCGGCGAGCGCCUCAUCUCCGAGGCGCACUACGCCGUCGACUCCAUCCAGCCCAAGUGCUCCGAGCUGAGGAAACUCCGCGUGGACUUCUCCGAGGACCUCGCCACCAAGCUCAGUUCCCUCGCCAAGGCGCACUGCAUGUGGACCAAGCUCGAGAAGGCACUGCAAUGGUACGAGGACGGCAUGUACCUGCUGGCCUGCCAGCCCGUCGCCAAGUUCCAGUCGCAAGAGGGUGCCGAGGUGUCGCUGCGAGAGAUCGAGGCCUUCAUGGAGAACUGCGAGGAGCACCAAGUCCACUACUCCAAGAGCUUCCACGAGGAGUUCGAGUCCAUCCUCGCGCCCGACAUGGAGCUGUGCGUGCAGAGAGUGUUCGCGAAGCUGGAGAAAAUGGGCGCGAUGAUGGAGGAGCGGCGGAUGAGCCUGUGCAAGCUGACGGCCCGGCACGCCCGCCCCGUGCAGCCGGUCGCCCCGCAGCCCGAGACGGUGCCCGAGCCGCCCGCCCAGCCCGCGACCAACGGCUCCCCAGUGCCCGGCCUUGGCGGUGAACCCAGCACCCCGCGGAGGAGGCACGUCAAGCAGAAGUCGGCACCCAAGAUCGAAGUCGUGUACGAGAACAGCCAGGGAGGUGUCUGCCUGCCGUCCGUCCCCAUGGAGAACGAGGAAAACCUGACGCUCCACAGGAGUCACAUCAUGACGGAGCUCCUGGAGACGGAGAGGGUCUACGUGGAGGAGCUGCAGACAAUACUGGAGGGCUACGCGGACGCCAUGGAGACGGAGGAGAUGGCGGCGCCCGUCCCCGCCGGCGCCAGGGAGAAGAAGGACGUGCUGUUCGGCAACAUGGCCGACAUCUACCACUUCCACAGCAGUGUCUUUCUCAAGGAGCUGGAGGAUUACACGGAGCGGCCGGAAGAGGUUGGGAGUUGCUACCUGAAGCGGAAGGAAGAUUUCCGCAUCUACGAGAAGUACUGCCAGAACAAGCCGCAGUCCGAGACGCUGUGGAGACAAAUCUCCGAUGCGCCAUUCUUCCAGGAAUGUCAGAAGAAGCUCGGCCACAAGCUGGCGCUGGAUUCGUACCUCCUGAAGCCCGUGCAGCGCAUCACCCGCUACCAGCUGCUACUUAAGGAGCUCCUGAAGGGCACCAAGGACGUGCAGCACGCCCUGGAGCUGGAGGAGGCCCUGGCCAGCAUGCAGAGCCUCCUCAAAUCCCUCAACGACUCCAUGCACCAGAUUUCCAUCACCGGAUACAAGGGAAACCUCCUGGAGCUGGGCAAGCUGCUGAUGCAGGGCUCCUUCAGCGUGUGGACCGACCACAAGAAGGGCGCCAACAAGGUGAAGGACUUCCCGCGCUUCAAGCCCAUGCAGCGGCACGUCUUCCUCUACGAGAAGACGCUGCUCUUCUGCAAGCGGCGCGAGGAGACGACCGAGGGCUACGAGAAGACGCCCUCCUACGGCUACAAGCACUCGCUGCAGAUGAGCUCCGUGGGGAUCACGGAGAACGUGCGCGGGGACAGCCGCAAGUUUGAGAUCUGGUGUUCACGGCGGGAGCAAGUCUACAUCAUCCAGGCCCCGUCCAACGAAGAGAAGUCUGCGUGGGUGAGCGAGAUACGGAAGCUGCUCACCAUGCAGCUGCAGGCCUGCAAAGAAGAAGUCAAGCAAGUUUACUGCACGCCGUCUUCUCCCAUGCUCAACCGAGGGACGAGGAAGUCUGAGUUUUCCAAGUUUGAGCUGGGCAGCCCCAAGGCGGCGUUUCGUAUGCAGAGCAUAACCUGUUCACCCAACAUGCCCCUCAACAACAGAGGGUUUGCUAAGCGGCGGAUGAGCGCCCAGGAGACGGUGAAUCGGAGCGAGGACGAGUGGCCUCUGGGCUACAGACGGUCACGGCUCAGCUCGCAGGAGCUGAUAGACCGGAGCGAGCAUCCCUGGCUGCAGGCCUGCUCCCCCGGCCACCGGCGUUCCCAGGAUCCGUGCGAGCGCUCCGCCGACGGCGGCUGGUCGAGCGGGGAGGAGAUGUUCAACGCGUCGGACGGGGAGACGGAGGACGUCGUGGACGAGCAAGCGAACCCCAUCUGUAAGGUGUCCGACAUCUGCUAGGACGGCCCGGUCGUUGAGCCUGGCACGGUCGCUCGCCGACUCGGCCUCUCGUGGCACCACCCCCCCCUUCCCCUUCCCCGCCGCACCGCAACCUUCCUCGCCGACGCUGCCGCCACCGGGUAACAGCGACCGCCGACGACAAAAAGCCGCGGGCGCUCCCUCCAAAAACCCACGCGGUUCCCGCGCUGGCGUUCGCGCGCCGGCGACCCGUUUUGUUUUGUUUUGUCAUCGCGGAAUUCUCGUCGUUGAGCGGGGCCGUGACUCUCUCUCGAGAGAGAGACGGCCGGUCGCGCCCCGUCGCGCCCCGUCGUGCACGCCACGACGGCGGUGGACGCCGUUAAAGAGCCCCCCACCCCCCCCCCCCCCCCCCCUCCCCACCGUCUCGUCAAGAGGAACGGCUGGGGAGCGCAAGCCGCUUUCCGAUUGACGAAGAGGCGGAUCAGGACCGCGCAAAGUCACACGCCGCAUCAGGUCUGCGGCCGUGACCUCCGGCGGUUUUUAGCCCCGUCGGCGCUUUGACAGCGCCCGGGUUCACGUUUACCGAGCCUGCCCGGCCCGAUACGGCGCUCGCCCGAUCGCGAAGGGUGCCGUGUUUUUUUUUAAUCUUCGCCUCUUUUUCUUUCUGCCGGACGUUUUGGUGAACACCGCUUGUUGGACUCGCGGACACCGGAGUUGACGUCAAUUCCACUACAAUCAGAGACUGGUGCUCGGAUCCGAUUUAAAAGUGCACUUCGCCCCCCUCCCCCCGGCUUCCCCGCGCGCGCGUGCCCUGCUGGCGAGGCGUUCCUUCACUCUCUCGCGUCUCAAGCCUCCUCCGUUGUGCUCGAUGUAAUCCAAUCAAAUUGCCGUCGAGACAAACUCGUGCAGUCAGGGGAGUUUAUUUAAUCGCCGAAUGAAGAAGAAAUAAUAAUAAUAAUAAUAAACAAAAAUAAUGCUUAUUUAUCGGGCCCCAAACCGGCCGUUCCGAUGAAAAUGUUCAACAUUUUUCUACCGGUUUUGUACUCUUGUAAACCUUCACCCGUAUUUAUUCUUGCAUUCACGCCAGGUGUACCCCCUUGCAAAAAGAUACCACCCUCCCCCUAUAAUAUUAGCGGGGCUUGCUUGGACUGGUUUCAACUUCAGUGGGCCUGCUCAGUCAGGUGCCGUCUCAUACGCCGAUGCCACGGGGUGCCCUGAUGAAACUGGUUAGGAACAGCAACAGACAAGCGAUGCGUGACAGCACCCACCUUGCUCACCCAUCGACUUUAUCGUAACAUUUCGUCCGACGAACGUAGCGAAUUAACUUUCUAACGGCAAAACGGCCGCGUGUUUUAAAAUCUCAAGGAGCACCGCGCUGCAGCUAAAAUGUCAUCGCCUCCGGUCUCUUUCUUCGCGGAAAAAUCUAAUCGUUACCGUCGGUCACGGGCAAUCCGCCGUCGGAUGAGGGCCCCCUCCCCAAGCUGUCGCCAUCUCUCACGGCGUCCGGCGGUGUCGCAGCUUCGCCAGGCACCUGCGCAACGAGCCGCAUCUCUGUGGCAGACGCCGCCCUGGAACGUUUGGAAAAUAAAAAAAGCAAGAGGGCUUUGGCAGGGCACGUCGCUGGAAGGGAUGAAGGGCGGUGGUCGAGGCUGAACAUUUCAAAUAUAUUUUUUACAUAUCGACCAGACUUAUUUGCUGCUUGCAAAGCCAGUAGGCCCAAAAUACUGGGAGCAUCUUUUUUUCUUGAGCUAUGGAACAGAAGGUGAUUCAUUUUAAACGUGGCCUGGUUGGUUCCGUGAAGGCAAGGACGGUGGCUGUGUCGUUGGCUCGUAUCAUUGCGGGUCAGUAAGGUCCGUUGCACAGUUGUUAUUUUUUUGUUUGCACGAAACCGACAUUUUUUAAAGCACUGAAAUCAAACGCAAUUUUGACAAAAAAAUUAAACGCCCUCGAGAUAUCCUGGUGGGAAAAUAAAUCUUUUUUUUAAAGUCACAAAGAGAUUUCCUGUCCAAAUGAGCAUUGAGGCAGAGGUGCUCCAUCUCCCGUUUACAGCCCUGAGCCAGUGGUGGAAAUUCCACAUUCCUAUGACGGGCGGGGAAAAGUCUCUAACCAUCAGACAACCAACCUUUGACUUGCACGCAAGGUGGUACUCAUUUAUCAUGGGGCUGAGCCAAGCCCGAACCAAGGAGUUAUUCCCAUUGCAAAGUGGCUCAAUCUCCCGCUGAGUCACGUGGCCGGUCAAAAUUCUUAAGACAGAACUUAAAAAAAAAGAUUACAUGUAUAAAAUUUGUAUCCUGUAAUGACAAGGUUACGCUUGCACAGGGGAAAAUCUGUCUUUUUUGGUCUUCUAUCGGUGCUCUUUACCACUUUAUAUACGCAAAACACCACUAUUUCUCUGACAUCUUCCAGUAUCCACUGUUAGCUCAGGAUUUAAUCAAUAGAAGCUGAAUUCCAAUGUUCUCUUUGUACUUGCGGACAAUAUGCAAUUCACCUUUUCUCAGCGCGUCCUUGUGGCUAACCUUUUAUACAUGCCGACUCUAUUGUUAGGUUUGUGUGUACAUGUAGGUGUGAUUCUUUUAUAUAUAUCUCACAAUACUUAAGUGUAACUUAUAAAUAUUGCAACGUGCGUGCAGCAUACAUGUGCAGGAAGGUCUGAAAUGCGCUCGGAAUUAGAUGGUCAACUGUAUGCGUAGACUCCCAUGUGCCCUGUUGUAAAUUAUCGUACGUUACUGUGGAGCGGUGAUGUGGUGGUUCGCACCCUGCACUACGAACCCAGCGGGCUAAGUUUAUUUUGGUCACGGCUAACAUCAGUAGCGAGUGAUACCUGAACCAGUCCUGCCCCCCCCCCAACACCCCACCCACUCCUCUCCACCUUCACCAACCCAGAUUGAGCAGCGUGGUUAAGUAUGGUCAAGCAACGACUGAGUCGCCCCAGCGCUUGUGCCAGGCUAGGUGCGCUUCGAGCCUAUCGCGUGAAGUCUCGAAAGCUCGCCCGCUGGCAGGUCACAGGGCAGACCCAGGUGUGAUGCGUUUCACUCACCUCAGAUGGCUUGACAGAUGAUCAAUCUGCCAUUCAGCCAUCGACGUCACGCGGGUAAACACGUCAUUGGCCCCGCCCCUGGCCCUGCUUGGCCCCGAGCCAGAAUCGGUGUCUUGUGAGGCCAGCGUAUGGCAGUGUUUUCUUUUCCGGCUCGUCAAUUAGACCGUAGAGAGAUCCAGCCGUACCGCAAGGGCCCCUCAUUGGCUAAGCUUGGCUUGGUUCUGCGAGUAGAAAAAAAAGGGGAAAUAAAAUUGGUUAAAAUGACCGUGACCAUUUAUUAACAUCUCAUUUUCAGAAUUUUUUUUUAAUCUCCACCUCACAUAUAUUGUGUGUGUGUGAGCGCGCGCGUUUGAAUAGAGGCAAGUGCGGUUUAGUGCAGGCUUACUAACGCGUCGUAUCCCGCUUGCUUGUGAGCUCUUUGUGUCGCGUGUAUUAUUAACCAUAAUUAUUCCUGAUUUGUAAAUAAGGCGAAGCGGCACCGACGGAUUUGCUCGUGUUGUAUUUAUUGUGGUGGGAUAUGAUUGCUGCUGUACAGAACUGUUAACGUUUGCAUCAAUCAAUAUUCGACAAACAUUCGUAGCGUAUGAACAAAACGGUGGGUGGGGGGGGGGGGGGAACGGUGGGGUGGGCGGGCUGCGUUUUGUCUGAUGUAGAGAACGGUGACUGGAAUUGUCGGACCUUUGGUCACCAGCGUCUGUGCCCGAAGAGGCGCGACCUCCGUUCGUCGAUUCACGUCAACGAAUCGAUUGGGCGCACGACCCACGCAUGAGAAUUGCGGUCGCGCGAUUUAAAUUAUACCGCGGAGUUGGGAGCGGUGGUGCAGUGGUGUGCCUGCCGCGCUCUGAAGCUCGCACUCUUGAUCUCGAUGUCCCGGCCGCAGCUGACAUGAGUGGUGAGCGACGACUGGAAACACCUACCCCUCUGCCCCCUUCACCAACCGGCACUGACCAACGUGGUGAAGUAUAGUCAAACUACAUACACGACGGCAUGGCAAGGGCCUUCAUCCAGCAGUGGAUUGACAGAGCCGUUAGUUUGUUAAUAUUUUGUAAUAUGUUGUACGUAAUGGGUUCACGUGAAGCCCCCCCCCCGUAGCUGCUAGAUGCCACUGCAAAGAAGAGAAAUAAUAAUCCUUGAAUCGAAUCGCAACGCCCACUCCAUCGCGCGGUACCGGAGGCUGGGCUGUCUCUGCGUUACGGCGGCGUGGCGGAUGUCACGCAACGCCGCACGUAAUAGCACAACCGCACGCGUGCACGCACAACCUGUACUUUCAUUCACCCAACCCCCCCCCCCCCCCCGUAUCGCUGGGUUCGUGUUGUAGCCGUAUAAUAACGUUAAACGAAUUUUUUUUUUUAUCCAACCGCCGUGAAAGCUGGGACUUUGGUCGGUGGCUUCAGGGCUAUAAUUGGGCGACUCUCUCCCUGUGGUGCGCCAACCGACAGUCGAUUUUGACCUUCAUAAAUAAGGAAAACAAUUCGGCCCCCCUAACCACCACCCCUCCUCCUUACCCGGCAUCGCCCGGCAUCGUCCGAUGGCUUGCAAACAGAAACAAACAUCGCGUUUGGACGACGUGGUGAUUGGGGAAACUCAUAAUUCGUAAUUGAGUUUUGAACGGUGUGCAGUGUGGUCCAUUGAUCGAUGGCCCCACUGAUCUCCCUAAUGAGCGUUUUCUUUCCCGACGGAUGAUUGCACUUUGCAAAAGCGAUGCCAAUGUCGGAUAAGGUGAAUCUGGAGAGGGUUCAAAGACUUGUUGGAGGCUUUAAAUUAAAAUGUUAUCUCUAUAACUUUUCCACAUCAUUUUAGUGGGAUAACCUAUCAACGAAUGAAUCUACAAGAAUAUAUAUUUAUAAAAAAAAAUCUAAUUAUAAUCCAGAAUGGUAAUUGCUUAUCACAAACGGCCACUUCCAUGAUGCUGAAAAAGGUGAUACUGUUGUUAAAAAUCUGGAUGAAUGUUCGAUAUUUGGAUGAAUGUUUUUUAAUCUGAAUGUUAUCAAUUUGGAUGCCAGUUGGAUAUCUGGAUAAAUCGUUGAAAAUCUGAAUAAUCAAAAAAAUCUGGAUAAAUCGUUGACAAUAUGGAUAUUUAAAAAUCUGGAUAAAUCGUUGAAAAUCUGGAUAAUAAACAAAAAAUCUGCAUAAAUCGUAGAAAAUCUGGAUAAAUCUUUGGAAAUCUUUAUGAACGUAACAUUGAAAACAAACACAUGCAACGUAUUUUCGCAUACGUACGGUGGUUAGGAAGUCUUGCGGAAGCGUGACUCGCGAGGCAUUUCAUUUGCAAGAUAACGCGCCCCAUUUGUCGCAACCAAAACAGCUGCUGGUGCACUUUACAUGAACACUCGGCAAAAGCCAAUCAGGGUAAUCAAACAAUCAAAGUCAUAUCCGAACGGUGCGACAGUGUUUCAUCAGAAUUUUUUUUUUUUACACACAAUGUUCGGUCGCUAUCGUCGAAUCGGCGGUGGCGCGCGUAGCGCGGCUAGAGACGCAAACAUUCGCACGCGGUUUUUCGAAGAGAGGCAGAAACGAUAUUUUUUGAGAGAAAACAAAAAAUCCGACUAAAAAAAGAAUCUGCAGCGUCGCCAGCUAAAAUUUUAAAAAAAAAUUUAAACAUCACUUUCAAAUACUGUAAUAUACUGUUUAGUGUUAAGUACCGCACCUUGUUAACAAUAGUAUCUAUCUGUAUAUCACGGCGUGUAUAAUAGGUGUUUGUAAUGACGUGUCGCUAUUUAUUAAACGAGAUGUCGUUUGAACAAUACACUCCUUAUAUCACGGGGGA